AUGGCGACAGCAAGAAGUAUCUUCUGCUUCCUGUUCGUUAUGAUCACGGUUCUUUUGGGUUGCUGCUCGGCGAGUACGAUAUACAAAGUCGGAGACUCCGAUGGAUGGACUACCAAAGACGACGUGUAUUACGAUUGGGCCGAGCUUAAGGAGUUCCACGUGGGAGAUUCUCUGGUCUUCGAAUACGAUCGCAACGUCAACGACGUCACUCGAGUCUCCGGUGCUUUGGAAUACGAGUUCUGCGAUUCUUCUUAUCCCAAAGCCGUCUACAACACAGGAAACGAUGUCGUGACUCUCACGGAACCAGGUUUUUACUAUUUCAUCACCUCAAACCAAGCUCAGUGCGCAUCCGGACAGAGACUCGACAUUCUUGUCGUCCACGACCCGUCACUUCCGGUUCCUCCUCCACCACCACAGAGCAAGAUCCUUCCUUUCGGAAAGACCUACAAGGUCGGUGACUCAGAAGGAUGGACUGUCUAUAACACCGACUUCUAUUCCAAGUGGAGCGAGGAGAAAGAGUUUAACGUGGGAGAUGUUCUGCUUUUCGAAUACGACAAGGAAGUCAACGACGUGUUUGAAAUCAGCGGUGAUCUUGAAUUCAUAUCCUGCGACCCAACUUCUCCUGUAGCCGUGCACAAGACAGGACAUGAUCUCGUUAGGCUCACAGAACCAGGAGUUCAUUAUUUCAUAAGCUCAGAGCCGGGUCAUUGUGCGGCUGGGCUUAAGCUUCGAGUGGUGGUCCGACCACAACCCAAAGCCGCUACUCUCCCCAACUUUCCCAAGAAGAUGGAUCUGUCAGCUAUGGACCGCCUCAACAACUGGUUACAGUCCUUCAAACCCCACCAACCCCAUCAUUAA